AUGACGCGUAAUCUUUAUAUCCCCCUCGAGAUCGUCCUUCAGAUCCUUGAAACGUCCAUCCCGCCCGGUGAACCCAACCGGAUUAUUGACCUUGCAACCCCCGAAGUUCAGCAGCUCGUCACCUGGACAAGGACUGUGGAAGCGGGUUCUCUUCCCAAAACCCUCCUACUUUCUGCAGUGCCGUCCAUCUAUCUUGGACUCAGCCUGGAGGAGAUCCAAUCAAUACGAGCCAGUGCACUCGUCCGAGAUGUCUUCCUGGAACUCGGCAGCUCUGUCCGUCGAUUGAUCGUUGACUUGCCGUUUCGCAGAAUCGCUAUGCAGCAUAGCAUCGAUGCGCAUAUCGAUCAAGUCUUCUCUCGAGGUCUACGAGCGUUGAUCAACCUUGAAGAAUUUGUCACCUUAGGCGGCCUGCCUUCAUUAGAGUUCUGGAGGAGUGAGCUCAACGUCAGCCAAAUUUGGCCCAAGCUACGAAAAGUCGCUGGGUUCAGCAUCAACCUGAGUGACGAAGGACUUUGGUACAAUGUUGCACUACACCGAAACAUUGAGCAUCUGGUUGUCACGAGACCUUAUUUGCUUCGUGUUCAGACUUGGAACAUCAAGCAGUCUAUUGGCAGCGAACUUUGGAACCCCGAGUUUGGAGGUGACUCGACCUAUGCUCGGCCCUUGAAGAUCGUCAUUGUCAAUCAUGAGUUCAGCUCACCUAUUAUUGACACGGAAAACGGACAUAUUCACGAUCCAGCUGGGCUUCUUGAUGUCUCGCCUGUUGAGAUACCAAUGCACGCGAAACGGGUCGACUAUGUCUGCCGUGAGUGGCUGAUCAAGACUGCGAAAGAAGAUACAAUUUGGGGGUAUUGA